AUGCACUGGGAGUGGAAGAACUGUCCAUUUGCUUGGCAGGGCCAGUACAAGGGGCAUGUCAACGGGUGCACUGUCAUAUUAGAAGCGGUGGCAUCGCAGGAUCUCUGGAUAUGGCAUUCUUUCUUCGGCAUGGCAGGUUCUCACAAUGAUAUCAACGUGCUGCAGCGUUCUCCAGUCUUCGCGAGGCUUGCAGAAGGCCACUCCCCACCUGUCAACUUUGAGAUCAAUGGCCACCAGUACAACAAGGGAUACUAUCUAGCUGAUGGUAUAUAUCCUCAGUGGUCAGCUUUUGUGAAGACGAUCUCGAAACCCCAAGGUAGAAAUGGUACGGCCUUGUCUUACAGAAAGAAGAAGAAAAUUCAGUCACCAGGUUCAGAAAAGCAACUCAAUGAGGGCAUCGGUCAGGAAUAA